GAAUGGGAUUGGCCCCUUCAACAUAAUGAUGAAAGUGUAAAAGUCACUGAGGAUGAUAAAAGUUUCCGAGUUGAGUUGGAUGCGCAGUUCUUCAUGCCAAAAGAAAUUUCGGUAAUUCUUUCUGCUAUGCAAUAUUCUUUCAUUACAUAUUCUUCUCAAAUGCUCAAUGACGUCAAAACAAUUGGAGACCAAAUUCAAAUCCAGAUGGAUCAUGAAGCGCGAGGUAACGAUAAGACGAAUGUGAGCAGAAGCAUUACGAGGUAUGUAUCUCAUGAAUUGAAUGAUGGCAGAAAGUUUACGUCAAAGCAGUUUCGGAUAGGAAUUUCGAAGAAAAACCUUGAAAAUUGGAUUCAUACAUGUAUAGGCAUUUCUGAUAACAUAAAUCCAAUGCUUAAACUCUAAGC